AUGGCACUAGGAAGAUGGACUUUUCCCAACAGUAGGAAGCCUUCUUCUGCUAGUUCUGGCGGCAAUCGCUCAAACGGCACAACAACACCAACCGACAACGAAACUCAAGAUCUCUCAAAAUCACAAUCUCGCAUACUACGAACCCUGACCGGAGGCUUCAGAUCCCACAAGCCUAAGAAGUCGGAAGAGCGCGACGAGUUUGCUCAUCUGAAUAAGCCAUUCACUCAGCAGAAUUUAGAACACCAGAAGAUACUGAACACCUUCGAAUGGAACUUUGGGAAGAGAAGGUCGAGCCAUGGUGGUCGAAGUAGUACGAGCGGUAUCAGUCCAAGUGCUUCGCGGAACACCAGUGUCGACCACAGCCACGUACCUCCAGACUCUGAUCCAAUAGAGACACGUCCUCGAUUCAACAGUGUCUUAAUCCAGGAGUCGCCUCGGGAGGACCCGCGAGAGGAGCAACAGACAUAUCCAACAGAGAGGAACUAG